AUGUCGACGGAUAUAAAAAAGGCGUUUAAGGCGAUGCCCUCGGCAUUAACGUUUGAUCUACAUGCUAAAUGUUCUACUACCAAAGCCCGGGCUAGUACGCUUCAUCUCCCACAUGGAUCAGUGCCGUUGCCGGUUUUCAUGCCUGUCGCUACGCAGGCGUCUCUCAAGGGCUUGACGUAUGAUCAACUCAAGGAUACGGGUUGUAUGUUGUGUCUAAACAAUACAUAUCAUCUGGGUCUUAAGCCUGGCCAGGCAAUAUUAGAUCAUGUUGGCGGCGCGCAUAAGCUACAAGGCUGGGAUAGGAAUAUUUUGACGGAUAGCGGUGGAUUCCAAAUGGUCUCUCUAUUAAAACUUGCCAAGGUUACCGAAGAAGGAGUUCGGUUUUUGAGUCCUCAUGACGGAACCCCAAUGCUUCUUACUCCAGAGCACUCGAUCUCGUUGCAAAAUUCUAUUGGGUCUGAUAUUAUUAUGCAGCUAGACGAUGUCAUUGCCACCACCACACCUGACCCCACAAGAAUGAAAGAAGCCAUGGAGCGCUCGGUACGCUGGCUAGAUCGGUGUAUAGAAGCCCACAAAUACCCUGGGCGACAAAACCUAUUCUGCAUUAUCCAGGGUGGUCUUGAUCUUGAUUUGCGCCGACAAUGUUGCGAGGAGAUGGUCGCGCGAGAAACUCCGGGUAUUGCAAUUGGUGGUUUGUCUGGAGGCGAGGCCAAAGCGGAAUAUUGCAAAGUGGUUGACACGUGCACCGGUCUGCUACCUGACCACAAGCCACGAUAUGUGAUGGGAGUGGGGUAUCCCGAGGAUCUCGUUGUAUCUGUUGCACUCGGAGCAGACAUGUUCGACUGUGUCUGGCCGACUCGAACCGCCCGCUUCGGUAACGCAAUCACGCCUUAUGGCGUCCUCAAUCUCCGCCACAAUUCCUACAUGAACGACUUUUCACCGAUUCAAGAAGGCUGUAAAUGCCCGUGCUGCCGGCCAAAGUCCGAGGGCGGCCUCGGUAUAACAAAGGCGUAUUGCCAUCACCUCGCAGCAAAGGAAACCGUUGGAGCGCAUUUACUUACAAUGCACAAUGUUCAAUACCAGCUCUCUCUCAUGGAUUCUAUCAGAGAGGCUAUCCUUGAGGAUCGUUACCCUGCUUUUUUGCUAGACUUUUUUGAUAAGUAUUACGGAUCUCGGUUGAAGUCUCCGCAGUGGGCGGUGGAUGCUCUGCGUGGUGUAGGCGUGGAUCUUUUCGCUUAG